GUUAUGUUAACUUUGGUUGUGAAAACUGGGCUUACGUUUUACUAUUUUUCGACUAUUUCUUGUAUAAAACAAUGUCGAAUUAUCCGGAUUUUGGUAAAAUCGGAAAAGACUCGUCCAGGGCGGCGUGUAAAAAGUGUGGCUAUGCUGGUCACUUAACUUUUCAGUGUCGAAACUUUAUUAAAGUAGACCCAAACAAAGAAAUAGUCCUAGACGUAAGCAGCACAAGUAGCGAUAGUGAGCAGGACUACGCCACUCCGCUGCAGAGCCUUCGUGAGAUAGAGUUACGUAAGAAGCUGGAAGAGAAACUGAAGAGAGCUCGGGAGAAAAAGAGCAAGAAAAGUAAAAAGAAGAGAUCUAGAUCAUCAAGUUCAUCAUCAUCAUCAUCAAGUAGCUCAUCAUCAUCAUCAGACUCAGAAAGCAGUGACUCGGAAGAAGAAAAGAGGAAAAAGAAAAAGAAGAAAUCAAAGAAGAGUAAAUCUAAGAAGUCUCAUAAAGAAAAGAAGAAAAGUAGGAAAUGAUAUUACUUUUUAACUGUAUCAAGAAAUUGUAAUAGGUAAAGUUUAGAAAAUUACCUUAAUCAUAAUAUGCAUUCUAAGCACACAUUGAUUGUAACAUAUUGGCAACCAUUUCUAUUUGAGUGUGGGUAGUAUUUUUUAUAUAUUAAACUACAAGAAAAAAAAAGCUUUUGGUCGGUAAUUUUGGCCAACACAAUCAAAUCCCGGAUCACUGUUAAUUAUGAGUUAUACCAACUGCCGCAGCAAAGAUGUUUAGUAUUUAUAAUGCGUUUGGCAUUAUUAAUGCCAAAAUACACCUUGUUAUUUUGUAUUUAUGAAUUAU